GAGAGAGAGAGAGAGAGAGAGAGAGAGAGAAUAAUGAGUGGAAUAGGGAAGGUUGUGUGUGUAACAGGAGCAUCAGGCUACAUAGCCUCAUGGCUAGUUAAGAUCUUACUACAACAAGGGUACACUGUCAAUGCAACUGUUCGUGACCCACAUGAUCCAGAGAAAACAGACAAUUUGGUUGCACUAGAUGGAGCUAAAGAAAGACUUCAUCUGCUCAGAGCAGAUUUAAUGGAAGAAGGAUCUUUCGAUUCUGCUAUUAAUAGGUGUGAUGGAGUUUUUCAUACAGCUUCUCCUGUGCUAGAUUCAAGGUUCACCAUUGACCCACAGGCAGAAAUAAUUGAUCCUGCUGUGAAGGGAACAUUGAAUGUUUUGAGCUCGUGUGCAAAAUCUCCAUCUGUAAAGAGAGUGAUCAUAACUUCUUCAAUCGCUUCGGUUUUUGAGAAUGGAACACCUCUAACCCCUGGUGUGGUAGUUGAUGAGACAUGGUUUUCUGAUAUUGCUUUCUGUGAAAAAAAUAAGCGCUGGUAUACACUUUCAAAAACACUGGCUGAGGUUGCUGCUAGGAAGUUUGCUAAGGAAAGUGGGAUGGAUUUGGUCACCAUUCAUCCAGGAUUUGUGAUUGGUCCUCUUGUACAGCCUAGUACUAAAACCACUGCGAAGCUGAUUCUCGAUCAAAUAAGUGGAGCUCAAACAUUUCCCAAUCGAGUAUUGCCAUUUGUCGACGUUAGGGAUGUUGCCAAUGCACAUAUUCAAGCAUUUGAAGUUGCUUCAGCUAGUGGAAGAUACUGUGUAGCUGGACCUGUUUUACAUAUUUUGGAGUCAUUGAAGAUUUUGCUACAUCUAUACCCUUCUUUGACCAUUCCUGACAAAUGUGAAGAUGAUAAUGAGCCUCUCAAGCCAAAGUUCCAAGUUUCAAAUUUGAAAGCAAAAAGUUUGGGAAUAAUUAACUUUGUUCCCUUGGAAGUGAGUCUGAGGGACACUGUAGAAAGCUUCAGAGAAAAGGGUCUUCUAAACAUCUAGUGUAGACUAGUAUAGUCAUAGGCUAUUCUUAAUAAAGCUUUUGUAUUUUGUAUUAUACAAAUGUGCUGCUGGUUCUAAAGCCAUUAAGACAUAGAAGACAAAGACAAAGUUUCUGUUUUUAAUUAUUUAUAUAUAUAUAUAAUUAUGAGAAUUUUUCUA